UUUUCUCUCAAAUGAAAGGGGAUGUGGCGAUUAGUGGAUGUUGCUGUUAUUGUCCUCUAGAUGGCAGUAGUGCUGAGCACACAGUUAGCAGAGGCAUUAUCCGAGUAAAAGCUCAGAGCAAGAAAAACUCCUGUAGAGGUUCAGUGCUGAAGAAAUCACGACAACACACUCCAGCUUUUCUAUUUAACCUUCUGCUGCCAGACUGUUUAUCUGACGGACACUUCAGCUGCUUGUCUUUAUUCAGUAUAUAUUGGGGCUCAACUGUAAAUUCCUCUACAAAAGCGAUCAGGAACGCUGGACUUUGUUAUUUCAGCUGCUAUUUCAUCCGCAAACAGGCCUGAUUGAGGAGACACGCCAUGUUAAAAUGAGAGGAAAAACUGACUCACUGAAGAGAAAAGACAAAAAAUGUGUCACCUGCACUCAGUGUGGAAAGAGUCUGUCAAACAAAGAGAAUCUCAAGGUUCACAUGAGGAUUCACACUGGAGAGAAACCAUUCACAUGUUCUCAGUGUGGGAAGAGUUUCAGAGACUCAUCAAACCUUAAUAGACACAUGUUGAUCCACACUGGAGAGAAAACACACACAUGUGGUCAAUGCGGAAAAUCAUUUCUGUUGGCUUCAAGCCUGAAUGAUCACCUUAGAGUUCAUGCAAAGGAGAAGCCUUCAUGCUCUGUGUGUGGAAAGAGUUUUGCACAUGAAGGAAAUUUAAGAAAACAUCAGAAGAUCCACACUGGUGUGAGAGAGUAUGUGUGCUUUGAGUGCGAGAAGACCUUUAUUACAGCUGGAAACUUACAACAACACCAGAUGAUUCACACUGGAGAGAAACCUUACAUGUGUUCACACUGCGACAUGAGAUUCAGUCAGUUAUCACAUCUGAAAACACACCAGAGGAUUCACACCGGAGAGAAACCGUACAAGUGUUCACACUGCGACAUGAGAUUCACUCAGUUAGGAAGCCAGAAAACACACGAGAGGAUUCACACUGGAGAGAAACCUUACAUGUGUUCACACUGCAAUGAAAGAUUCAGUCAUUUAUUAAGCCUGAAAACACAUGAGAGGACUCACACUGGAGAGAAACCUUACAUGUGUUCACACUGCGACAUGAGAUUCAGUCAGUUAUCGCAUAUGAAUUCACAUGAGAGGAUUCACACUGGAGAGAAACCGUACAAGUGUUCACACUGCGACAAAAGAUUCAAUCAGUUAGGAAGCCAGAAAAGACAUGAGAGGAUUCACACCGGAGAGAGACCUUACAAGUGUUCACACUGCGGCAUGAGAUUCAGUCAGUUAUCACAUCUGAAAUCACAUGAGAGGAUUCAUACUGGAGAGAAACCUUACAUGUGUUCACACUGCGACAUGAGAUUCAGUCAGUUAAGAAGCCUGAAAAAGCAUGAGAAGAUUCACACUGGAGAGAAACAAGUGAGAUUCAGUCAGUCAGAAACAUUGAAAACACACUAGAGUGUCACAUCUGAGAGUAACCUUAACAUACAAAUAUGCAAACUUGCAAUAUUGAUGGGUAGUUCUGGAACAAAUCUUUAAUGUGACUCUGCAAUAACGAGUCCUUUCAGAGUGAUUCUUUCAUUGCUCUAUGUGCAGAUAGGGGAAAUGAUUAGUUAUUUUUAAAUUCUAUCAGGUUUGAGUCAUUCAUUAAUCAUAUUAAAUAUCUGUAGAUCCACCCUCAUAGCAUUUUGAGCUUCAAAAAAAAGUAUUUAUUCAUCUUUUCAAACCUCUGGUUUUUGAGUUGUUUGUCUUUACAUGUAACUUGAUGGCAGGAUCGGAUGUAGGCAAUAGUUAAAUCAAUAGUUCCGUCUGAAAGAGCACAACUCUUUCAGUAUUCAUAGCACCCAAAAUGUGUUAAACCCUGUCAAUACACAUUUAAAAGACACUGGAGAAUGUGUUAUUCUUUAAAUUGAGGAUAAUUCAUUAAUACAGAUUGAUUAAAAUAUUCUACAAUGGCAGUCCGCUGAACCAUUUGUGGGAAAUGUAUGACAUUUCCACAUGAAAUGGUGCUGAAAACACAGCAGAAAUUUACCAUUGAUUUACUGUAGUUGUCACUGUAGUUGGUACCCUUUCAAAAAGGUACAUUAAAAAGUGGUAUGUUUCGGUACACUUUUAUGGCCGUUUCUACUGUCAAAGGGUACCAAAAACCGAACCGAACCACUUUUUGGGUACCUUUUUGAAAGGGUACCAAGCAAGACAAAAGGGUACCAAAAGGCAGAGCUAGACGGUCAGCUGAACGCUAUUGGUUUACAGAGACACGUCACCAGCACAUACACAAGCAGAAGAAUGACAACAAAGGAACCACCAUCUUCAAAAACACAGCCGAGACAUUACACCCUUAUAAUAUAUACAUAUAAUAACAAGCCAUGGUCGACUCGAGAUCAAAUAAACCAGGUCGUCGUCUUGAUGAACAGCCACAAAGCCAAGAAGAACAAAAUCUGCCGUGUCCUGUUGUAGUUUUACAAGCCUGGCUAAAAGUGAAAGCGGGUUCACUUUCUCCAGAGAGUUUGUGCGCUCGCCGCUUGUCUAUAUUUGAAAUAACGAACUUCCUGAGCUGAUGAUAAUAACCUGCGCAUGAUUAUUCAGACCUCCUAGUUUUUUGCGAUUCUGUAAAGCAAAUGUAAACUUACUGUCAAAAAACAAAACAACAACUGUCCUCUCACUCUGACCUCACCCCUAAAUUUGGUAACAGCAUAACCUAAACCAAUAAAUCAUUUAUAUAGUGUUUGUUUUCACGAUUCUCUUAUAUUUUCAGUAUAAUAAGCUUAAAAUGUCUUCAGAUUCUCAUUGUUCCACUUGUUCUGAUAAUCUCCGCUAAACUGCUCAUUCUGGACUGCUUGGCCCCUUAAUUGCUGCUUGCAGCUAUAUUAAUUAUUAUUGUUCUGAUUAUCAACACUAUUAUUAUUGUGCAUUUCUGUGCUGCAUCUGUAACUGUAGCUCCAUUAUGAAUGUGUGAACUUGUGUCUCAAUGCUUCUUUUUUUAUAAUGCUGAAUAUAGUAAAACCUGAUCUAUAAUUACUUAACAAAUGGAAGAAUCUGUCACAGCUCAGAGAGACUGCAUAUGUUAAUCUUUUAUGGUGCUGUCAAAUAGUGAAUAAAUGACUCAAAACCAGAUUAAGGACUCAAGACAAGAACAAAUGAAUACCUUUUCCAGCUCAACAUGUAUAUGUUAAGCUUAUGGAUCUAUCACAUGCUGAACCAAACCACUGCAUAAGUUUAGAUUAUGGAGAUGUGACGUGACAAAAAAUAUUCAAUUAACUAAUUUAUUAAUUGGUGGAUAUCUAUCUGAAUGCUGGUUUUCCAUCCAUAAUUGCUGUUUUAUCAGAAAGAUAUUCUUAGUCAGUAUUUCAUGUAUUGCAUU